AGGGGUGGAAUUGGAGCAGGGUUACAGUGAAACAAAGGAUUUGAGAUUAACUUUUUUGUCUCAAAAUGUCCUUACUGACUAAAAAACAGAUCAUCUAUAGCCUAUAUAAAAGCAUUGCACGUUGUGAAUACAACGUUUCCUUUUGUCUUAUGCUUGCGAUCACAUUUGCGUAGACCAGGUUUCGGCUAUAGUUAGAUUUGGAUGAACGUAUAGGCAACCAGUCACUGGUUAGAUAAUAGGCUAAUAAAAAAGCUCAAGAAAUGUACAAAAAUAUAUAUUGUUUUGGUAAAGGCGAUAGAAGGAAACAGACAAAGAAAGUCGGGCACAUGCCUUUCCUCCAAUGGCCCCUUUUAGGUGUGACAGAAACAACAAAGGACGUGGACAAACUCGCAUCAGCACCAGUGAACAACCAGUCCCCUAAACAAGAUUGUCUGCAGCUUUUGCAAUAUGCUGCAUAUUUACAUUCCUUCUGGCGUCUGUACAGUCGGGAGUGUUUUAGAGCUGACUGGUCACAACAAAACCGGUCCAAAAGGCAUCGGAAGACAGGCGUCAAGUCUCACCAAGAAAAAAUACUUGCCACUGAGAGGGAAGAGAAAUAUAUGAGCUCUGUGAAAAUAACUAAAAGUGGAGAGAGUGAAGUGGACUACGCAGAACACCGAAAAGAUUCCAGAGGCGAAUGACCAUUGAAGCACCAGAAAGAGGACUUCGACACCCACCAUCUCAGAUUGUUCUGAAAUCAUUUAUUUUCUUAGAAACAGGGCCCUCUCCAUGGAUAUAGACACAGACUAUGAACGGCCCAAUGUGGAAACCAUUAAAUGUGUGGUGGUAGGGGACAAUGCAGUGGGAAAAACCAGGCUCAUCUGUGCCCGCGCCUGCAAUGCCACCCUCACACAGUACCAGCUGCUCGCCACCCACGUGCCAACGGUCUGGGCCAUCGACCAGUACCGCGUGUGCCAGGAGGUGUUGGAGCGGUCCAGGGAUGUGGUGGAUGAGGUCAGUGUCUCCCUAAGACUAUGGGACACCUUCGGUGACCAUCACAAAGACAGACGCUUCGCUUACGGCAGGUCUGACGUGGUGGUGCUGUGUUUCUCCCUGGCCAACCCCAACUCCCUGCGUCACGUCCGCACCAUGUGGUACCCUGAGAUCAAGCACUUCUGCCCCCGCACCCCUAUCAUCCUGGUGGGCUGCCAGCUGGACCUGCGCUACGCCGACCUGGAGGCUGUGAACCGCGCCCGCAGACCCCUGGCCAAACCCAUCAAGCCCACAGACAUCCUGCCUCCAGAGAGAGGGCACGAGGUGGCCAAGGAGCUGGGCAUUCCCUACUACGAGACCAGCAUCGUGGCCCAGUUUGGGGUCAAGGAUGUGUUCGACAACGCCAUCCGUUCCGCUCUCAUCUCCCGCCGUCACCUCCAGUUCUGGAAGUCCCACCUGAAGAGAGUCCAGCGGCCCCUCCUCCAAGCCCCCUUCCUGCCCCCCCGGCCCCCGCGCCCUGUGGUGGGCAUCCCUGACCCCCCUCCCAUCGACGGAGAAGCCCCCGACUCCCUCCUCUGCCAGCCGCUAUGCGCCGAUGUCCUCUUCCUACUCCAAGGCGGUGCCACACGUGUCUUCGCACACAAAGUCUACCUGGCCACCUCCUGCUCCAAGUUCUACGACCUCUUCACCCUGGAUCUGCUGGCCAUUGAGGCGGAUUGGGAGGGAGAGGAGCGCGCCGAGAGCGGUGAGGAGGAUGAACAGAGUAGGAGAGGUGCCAAAGAGCAGGCAGGGCGUACUAAGAGCUUGGACAUCGAUAAUGAUGGGGAAGGUGGAGCCAGGGGAAUCAAACGGCCACCCAUGCUCCAGCAGGGCUCCCUGAGGACUUCCAAAAGUGAUAACGCCCUCCCCGCCAGGAGCCAGUGCUCCGUGGGGCCCCUGGGGGCCGGCCGUGGCCUUUCAGGCUGGGGGAGGGGCUUCCUGAGUGUGUACCUGGAGCACGUAGCUGACCCCGAGACGGGGCGACCUCGCCUCAUGACCGUGGUCUCCAUGGACGGUCUCAUACAGGAAGAACCCUUCCAGGCGGUGCUGCAGUACCUGUACACAGGCAGUCUGGAUGAGGGUCGAGGGGAUCUGAUGCAGGUGGCCACCAUCGCUGAGCUGCUGGAGGUGUUUGACCUGAGGAUGAUGGUGGCCAAUGUGCUGAACCGUGAGAGCUUCAUGAAUCAGGAGAUCACCAAGGCCUUCCACGUCCGUCGAGCCAACCGCAUCAAAGAGUGCCUUAGCAAGGGCACCUUCGCUGAUGUGGUGUUCCGUCUGGACGAUGGCUACCUGCCAGCCCACAAGCCUCUGCUCAUCUCCAGCUGUGACUGGAUGGCCGCUAUGUUCCGGGGAUCCUUCAUGGAGAGCUACAUCAAGGAGGUGUCCAUCCCUGACACCAGUAGUGCCUGUAUGCGUGCAGUGUUGGAGUUCCUAUACUGUGGGCUGGUGACGGCCUGUCCUGACUUGGAGCCUAUGGAGCUCAUCGUCCUAUCCAACCGGCUGUGUCUGCCACGCCUCGUUGCCCUCACAGAGCAACAUGUUGUGGAUGAGCUGCUACAGUGUUUGGUGAAGGGAGUAGACAUUGACGGACAGGUGCUUGCUUACCUGGAGUUGGCUCAGUUCCACAAUGCCAAGCAGCUUUAUGCCUGGUGUCUCCAUCACAUCUGCACCAACUACAACAGCGUUUGUCGCAAGUUCCCCAAAGACAUGAAGGUCAUGUCUCCAGAGAACCAGAGGCACUUUGAGAAGCAGCGGUGGCCUCCAGUGUGGUUCCUGAAGGAGGAGGACCGCUACCUGCGCUCUCAGAAGGAGCGCCAGCGGGAGGAAGAGAUCCUCCGUAAGCAGCACACCAAGAGGGGCUGGUGCUUCUGGAGACACCCGUCCUCCUCGCCCCACGUCUCCUGAGGCUGUCGCCCCUCCAUGACCCCUCCUGACCUCAGACUGAGGAGGCCAUGAGCCUACCACCCCUCCAUAACGGGAGAGCCAAGUCUCACCUCUGUAUGAUUGUCUGUGUUUGUGUGGUUGUACUGGGUACCAGAAGUCCUCACAAGGAACAUUUGGACAACUGGGGACAUUUUGCCAGUCCUCACAAAGAAAGGGGCUAUUUUAAGGUUAGGGUUAGGGUAACAAUUGGGGUUCAGGUUAGAAUGAAGGUUAGGAGUUAGGUUUAGUUUUAGGGUUUGGGGUUAAGGUUAGGGUUAAGGGUAAGUUUUGGGUUAGGGAAAAUAGGAUUUUGAAUGGGGAUAAAUGUGUUGGUCCCCACAAAGGUAGUAAAACAAAUGUGUGUGUGUGUGUGCACGUAUGUGCGAGGUUCUCCACCCCCACAGCUGUAGGUCAGGCGUGGGCAGUUCUCUAUAGCCCAGCUGGCCUCUCCUUGCCGGGCCGCAGUCCAGUGCUGCCUCUUCCCCUGAGCUCCACCCAUGCCACCAACCGGGAGUGAUGGGAAAUGGAACAAGGGCUCUCUCUGUCUCUCAGUCACACAGAUGCUAAAGACCAUUCCACAGACCACUGCGAAGACUCCCCUAUGGGGAGGUUACCUCUGCCUUCAAGUCUAUUCAGACUGUUAGAACACUGGACCAGACCGGUAGCCAGAGGCGCUCCAGCGCUGGUCCAACACACAAGGAGGAAUGUUUCUGUUUGGUUGUUCUUUCACCAUGAGGUCUGGUCAGGGGUAAUGACACACACCACCCAAAGACACACGCAGUGUUGAAGACCCUGAUGACCAAAAUGGCGGCAGGGAUUUCAAAUUAGAGUAGAGCCUAUCCCAGACCUGGGUGUUUUUCCUCAGAGUCUCUGACCACCACUUAUGCCUGUCUAACUUCUCGUCCAUAGACUUGUCCUCCAUUUAAGAAAAGUUUGACACCAUUUUGUUUUCUUUCAGGUCUCAUCCCAGUGAAGCUCUGUGUUGGAGGUUUGAAUCCCAAAUGUUGUCCUAGGGUACCUAGACUGUUCUAGAAUCACCUGUCUCAAAGGGAGGGGGAGUAGAGGGGGUAGUCUGGGUUUAGGAACCUGCUCCAGCCCAGCAGAUGGCUGGUGGUUCAACCACGCAUCAUGUCCCCCCAACCCCCACAUAACACUAAGAGGAGAGGCCAACAGUGCUGAACAACCUGACCAAAUCCCCCGCAAAGACAUACAAAGUGAACACUUGAUAGCAAUUCUGGAUCAGAGGGCUUUGAUACCACUGCCAUGGGAGGGAGUAAGAAGCAGAACUGAACAGAGUUCUUGCUCCUUCUUGAUUGACCACUAGGGUGCCCCUCAGCCAGCCUGCCUUUACUCAUCCUUACCACAGGGGGCAGCACUGCUCAGGGUACCAUCAUCAACAGUCACCUGGAGCAAACAGGAGUUUUCUCCCCUACCUGUUUAUAUCCUUGACUCCAGUAGCUUUUGACUUUUCUUUUAUUCCAGUUGUAUUUGAAAGGCAACUUUAGCUGUUUGUCCUCACAUAAUGUUGAAAGGUAUUAUACCAAAAAUGAAGCUGUGACAUGUUCUCUCCCUCCUGUCUCUUCGCCCUCAACCUCUCCUCCUCCGUAACAUGGCAAAUAUGCGAGGAAAGGAAAAAGGGAUUAGGAAAGGAGGAAUAAUCUUUUGAUCCCUGUCUGUGUGUCUUUAAAGCUGCAGUGUCAGGUAAAACCCAAGUGUCACUGCAGCACAUUGUCUUUCACUCCUCUAGCUGGAAUUGAAAACGGUGCUCAAUAUGUCUACUAAAAGACACUAUGACACACACACACUUAAACUUACACACACACACUUAAGCAUACACACACACACACACUUAAACAUACAUGCACACCUUGUUCCUUUUCUGUCCACUAAUUUUGAAAUGUCAGCCCAGUCCUUCAUCAGUGUUAAUAUGCAGGAACCUGAUCUACAAAGAUAAUGUUACAUUCACAUCUGAUGCACAAGUGUCCUAUGAACGGUUUAGGAUCUCUUGGAAAAGCUUUAGGGGUUUUGGGUUCUUUUUCCUUAUCCAAAGGUGUGUGGCAGUCUAAUAGACGUUGUGUUAGUGAAUAUAUUCAGAGUAUUAUUCAUUUCAAUGAUGGUCAUUUCAGUAUGAGUAGAGUUGAAUCUUAACAUUAAGUUAACUACAUAAUUUGCAAUACAGUAUUAGACCAAAUAUUGCACUUGUUUUUAGUUUCAGAGUGCAGUUUUAUUUAUUUGCGAGGGAGUGUGCUGUUUCAAUCAGUUGUUAACAAAGAGGAUGCAGUUCCGUCUUUUAGUUGAAUGCUAUUGGAGUUGUAUGUUGAACUGCUGAGGAACUCUUAAUAACCCAGUGCACCUUUAAGAUCUCCAUGAAUCCACGACAGUGUGUAUCAGAACAGGCGUGUUGAAAAAAGAAGAAGAUAACUCGUAAAGCGUUGUUACUGUGUUUUAUUUUCUUCUCUUUAGGAGUGAAUGUGAAAAAAAACAAGACUUUUUGACACGUUUUUUCUUAAGCACUUUUGUUCUAUUUGUGGGUUUGAGAUUUCCACCCCUGUAACAUUUCUGUCAUAUCCAGAGCGAAUAGGGUUAAAUGCCUUGCUCAAGGGUACAUAGGAAAAUUUGUCACCUAGUCAGCUCUGGAAUUAGAACCAGCGACCUUUCGGUUACUGGUCCAACGCUCUUAACCGCUAGGCUACUUGACUAACAGCGGGACAACUCACCAAUAGAUGGUGUGAAACAUGGCUCGUUUUGCUUUUCUCCACAGAAGACAUGUUUUGAGUCUUCCAACAACUACUGAAAUAGCUUUACGGUAGGAUCUUACAGGACCCAAGUGAGAAUUGGGCUGACCUUACCAACAAAAUAUAGAAGGGAAAAUAACCCAGGCUGAUCUUACCAACAAAAUAUAGAAGGGGAAAAUAACCCAGGCUGGCCUUACCAACAAAAUAUAGAAGGGAAAAUAACCCAGGCUGACCUUACCAACAAAAUAUAGAAGGGAAAAUAACCCAGGCUGAUCUUACCAACAAAAUAAAGAAGGGGAAAAUAACCCAGGCUGGCCUUACCAACAAAAUAUAGAAGGGGAAAAUAACCCAGGCUGACCUUACCAACAAAAUAUAGAAGGGAAAAUAACCCAGGCUGAUCUUACCAACAAAAUAAAGAAGGGGAAAAUAACCCAGGCUGACCUUACCAACAAAAUAUAGAAGGGAAAAUAACCCAGGCUGACCUUACCAACAAAAUAUAGAAGGGAAAAUAACCCAGGCUGACCUUACCAACAAAAUAUAGAAGGGGAAAAUAACCCAGGCUGACCUUACCAACAAAAUAUAGAAGGGGAAAAUAACCCAGGCUGGCCUUACCAACAAAAUAUAGAAGGGGAAAAUAACCCAGGCUGAUCUUACUAACAAAAUAUAGAAGGGAAAAUAACCCAGGCUGACCUUACCAACAAAAUAUAGAAGGGGAAAAUAACCCAGGCUGACCUUACCAACAAAAUAUAGAAGGGGAAAAUAACCCAGGCUGACCUUACCAACAAAAUAUAGAAGGGAAAAUAACCCAGGCUGACCUUACCAACAAAAUAUAGAAGGGGAAAAUAACCCAGGCUGACCUUACCAACAAAAUAUAGAAGGGGCAAAUAACCCAGGCUGAUCUUACCAACAAAAUAUAGAAGGGUAAAUAACCCAGGCUGAUCUUACCAACAAAAUAUAGAAGGGAAAAUAACCCAGGCUGAUCUUACCAACAAAAUAUAGAAGGGGAAAAUAACCCAGGCUGAUCUUACCAACAAAAUAUAGAAGGGAAAAUAACCCAGGCAUCUUGGCGCCCCUAUUUAGGGCUGGGAUAUUAGACCAUUCAUCUGGGGUUGACGUGGGGACAUACAGAUGUUUUCACUUCAUGACCCCUUUCUAUGCCCCAAGGAGGAGUUAUUUGAGUCCUACUAAUGGUAGACAUGCCCUACAAAGCCUUCCCUCAUGGUUUGUGCCUUAAAUAUGUACAUCCACUAUUAGGAACAGAGUAUACUCUUAAGUGUACAGUGUAGUGUAGUUUAAGGUAGAUGUAUACAGUUACAGACAGGUUCUGCAAAGGAUAAUAGCUGAACUGAUUGAUUCAGUCUCUGGUUAUGCUAACACACCCAGUCUCACCCCCCACCCAGGCCAGAGAGGCAGGUCUCUCCCUGGUCUGUCUCCUACGACUGAGCCUCCCUCUGGGGCAACAGACCCCAGCCCUCCUGGAGAGACACUGGGUCUGCUGGUGGUCAGUCAAAGACAGUCCUUACAUUAGUAGAUGAAGGGGAUUUCAUAUAUUGUAAGGUUUGUUUCUGGUUGGCUAACGGAUUUGAGUCAGUCACAAACCAGCAGAGGACCCACUGUAAACCCCUAGAGGCCCAGGGUUAGACACCUUUGAUCUCGUGGACACCAAAGUUACUAUGAGGAUACUGGUUUCCUUGUGUGAAUGCUGGUCAAUACUUGUGGGAUGUGGUUAUUAGUAUUUUUGCAUGGUGGCCGGAUUUUGGCAUUGUAAUGACACUCUUCUCUUGACUUUUAAUAUUGGAUUGCACUUUUCUUAUUUUCUGUCGUUUUAGCUCUGCCUUUUUGUGCUUGGCAUGGACUACUUCUUAAAAAAGUUUAUAAAAACAAUAAUAUUUUGUAGCAUGGGGUCUCCUUUGUUUUUUAACUGUCCAUGUGGUGUACUUGGUUUUAUUGAGUGGGUAUCUCAUGCUCACAGACAAAGACAAACUGGACUCAGUGGUAGUAUUCAUAGCAUUAGUGGCUGACAUUGAAGCCUCUUAAGUCAUAAUAUUCAAAUUUGAUAUAAUAUUAUUCUCAUACAUUCAGUUGGGUUGUGUACAGCCGAAAGGUAACAUAAUUGUGAUCUCAGAAUAACAUUGACGGUACACAGGAAUUUUACAGAGAUGUCUUGCUUCUUGUACAGUGUUAUAGCAGUAUCUUAACACUGUUCUGUGGUGUAUUGGAAGCAGGAGGUUAGAUAUGAGACAUGGUGUUCUUGGGUUGCCAGCUGUUGGCCACGUGGUUGCCCCAGGAAUUGACAGUGCUAGUACAGUACAUAGUUGUAGUUUGCGCUCAAGUUCUAACACUAUAUGAGUUCAUACACCUUGAGAAUGUCCUAUUUAUACAAUGGGCUGCCUUGGGAGCUAAAGGGAAUGUUUUGAUUUGACUUCUAAAACAAUUCCUUGGCUUUGACCAGCCACCGAUAGUUGAGCCACAUUGUCCCCUAGAGGCUCAUUUCUGUAACUUCACAUUUGGUGCGAGAUGAUGGACUAUCAUUUGAACUGCGGUUACUGCACUACUGUCAUUUAGUCCAGACUCGUUUAUGAUGUCACUUGAACAUCACCCUAGUUCAGAUUAGCUAUAGAGUGUAGUAGUAUAAACUCAAGAAAACAUGAGUGUUCCUAUGAGAAUUUGCUGUAACAUUGAUAAAGCUAAUAUUUUCUAACAUGACAUUUAUUGAUGGAAAGAAACCAUUGUUGUUUGCCCCUGGCCUGGCGUCUCCUGUGCCUUUGAGAUAUUCUCACGCUGUUGCCUGACUCCCCGAACCCUCCUAUAGGCUUGCCAUACGCAUGAGGGGGCCUCCAAACCACUGCCUUCUGGGUUCAGGUUGGCACCCAAGCUAAAAACACACGCACACACACAUUCAACCAGGCAGCUUUCCUUCUCGUCUCUUAGUGCCUGUGGAUCGACCCAUCUUUCGUAAAUCCUAUGCUGUGUACCAGAGAGGCUCUGCUAAUGAGGCCUACGGUAGUCUACAGUAGUUGUGGGGUACACAUUGCAAAAGGCGCCUGACUUGGAGCUUUACAGAUAUGUCACCCAAACCUUGUUACAUCAUCCAAACAAGCUAAGCUAUAGAUAAUAAACUGUGGAGAGGACAUUGAGAUCCAAGAGAUUUCAGAUUUCGUAACAAACUGAUCUUUUGCACUCGGCAGUCUGUCAAGGCCUGCACUUUCCGUCUAUUAUGUAGCCUUUAAACCAUGUGUGUACUAAUAAAUUAUUAAACCAAGAUUUACCAGCUUGCCUGAGCAGUCAGAAACAACUUCAACCCAAAUCUGGCUCCUGCCCUCUCUCUCUCUCCUUGGUAAGGCUCUUUAGACAGAGACUGCGGUUGUGUAGAACUGGGCUAUUCAUUCGAAAUGUAGGGCGGGAGUCCCAUCUGUAAAGACUGAGACACUACCACAAUAUGUGAUGUUCAGCAGUACUGUGUCUACCAUUUUGACUCAAAAUGGCAGAACUGCUCCUUUGCUGUAAUGGUAUCCACAGUUAACUUUGGAUACCCGACCUCCACUUGUUUGACCCAAAGCUGGCUGUUAGCCUAGAGAGUCCUGUCUCGGAAGUGGCCCAGGACAUAGAGCUGGGAGGGGGAGAGACAGGAGCCGUAGUAGGGUGAAGAUGAAUCUCUGCUCUGUGACUUUGUGUGAUGUAUGGUGAAUCUCUGCUCUGUGACUUUUCAGUGUGAUUUAUGCAUAUUAUUAUUAUUAUUAUUAUGCACUUUUGUUUCCCCCUUCUCAUUUCAUUUUCCAGUUCAAAUUGAUAUUAACUGCUUGUGUUAAUACGUUUAUGAAACUCUACACCACAUACACAAUAUUAAGGGCUUUUUUAAAAAGACAACAAUCAGAAUGUUUUGCUGCUUUUGAAAAAUAAAUAAAUUAUUUAAUAUUUUUGAACCACUGUGAUUUGUAAAAAGAUUUUAAAAAAUGUAACAAAUUAAUAAAAAAAAAACACGUUUU